CAUUACGUAGGAUGGCUCUAACCAUAUAUUCUAUCGGGGUUUUAAUUGAUGAAAUGAAAAGCAAAGACUUCCGGCUUAGAUAUAAAUCCAUGGACAAGCUGUCUGAUAUUGCCCAGACACUUGGUGCAGAAAGAACUCGGAGAGAGCUGAUUCCAUUUCUGACAGAGAAUACUGAUCAUGAUGAUAAUGAAGUUCUUCUUAGAAUGAUUGAACAGCUGAAAUUGUUUAUUCCAUAUGUCGGAGGAGUUGAACAUGCUAGUGUGUUACUUCCACCCCUGGAAAAUCUCUGUAUUGCUAGAGAGGCUUCUAUUAGGGACAAGGCGGUUAAGGCAUUGUGCAAAAUAGGUCGUAAGAUGAAUGAACCUGACUUAAUUGAAUCGUUUAUUCCAAUGUUGGAGAGACUGGCUGCUGGGGUGUGGUUUACUGGUCGAAUUUCAUCAUGCGGAUUAUUUCACACUGCUUAUCCACACGCCCCAGAGCCUGUAAAAAAUGAACUUAGAACUCUGUAUAGACAACUUUGCGAUGAUGAAACACCUUCGGUGCGGAUGGCAGCUGCAAAAAAUCUUGAAAAGUUUGCUGAGACUAUUGAGGAACUCCAUCUGAUGAAUUACAUCAUGCCAAUGACCAAGCAUCUGCUGCAGAAUGAUCACGAUUCUGUUCGUUCGCUUGCUGUCAAGAGCUGUAUAGCUUUAAGGAAGCUAUUGGAGCCAUCAGUUUUUAAAACAGAGUUUUUGCGUAUCAUGCUUCAGUCUGUACAGGAUACAGCUUGGCGAGUUCGUGGCAUGGUUGCCGAUCAAUUUCUUCAACUAUGCGACGCACUUGGACCAGAUCUUACCAGGUUUUUACUUGUAUAUAUUUGUCUAGUUGAAGACAAUGUAGUUGAAGUUCGCACAACUGGAGCUGGUAAAGUCACCAAAUUUUGCCAGAGAGUGAGCCCUGAGACUACAGUCCAGUACAUCCUUCCUCAUGUCAAGGCUCUAUCAUUAGAUUCAUCCCAUCAUGUUCGUACUGCUCUGUCUUCAGAUAUUGUAGGACUGGCUCCUAUUAUAGGAAAGGAUGCAACCGUUCAGCACCUUCUCCCAAUAUUUCACUCUCUUCUGAAAGACAGUUCCUCUGAAGUUCGUUGGAACAUUAUCAGUAAGCUUGACCAAAUAUACCAGGUGAUCGGAAUUGAAUUGAUCUGUCGGACAGUGUUGUUAAAUAUUCUUGAACUUACAGAGGUUAGACACAGCUGGUGGAUUCGUCAUGCAAUAAUAGAGUUCAUCCCUAUAAUGGCGAGUCAUGUGGGUCCUAGCAUUUACAGUGACGUAGUUGGCUCUCUUUGCAUUCAGUGGUUAGCAGAUAAGGUUUGUGCAGUUCGAGAGGCGGCAGUACAGAAUCUUAAGCGCCUAGCAGAGAUAUUUGGUCGAGAAUGGGCAUCAGAGAAUAUCAUUCCACAGGUCUUGAACAUGGUUAAUGACCAAUAUUAUCUUUAUCGGAUGAAUGCUCUUGAUGCACUCCUAAAACUUGCCCCUGUAAUGGGCUCAGAGAUUACUUGUUCCCAAUUUUUGCCAGUUAUACUUGCUGCAUCAAAAGACAGCGUACCUAAUUGUAGGUCCUAUGUGGCAAAAGUGUUGAAGCCUCUUGCUUCUGUAGUUGAUCAAUCUGCUGUGGAAGAAUCAAUUCGGCCAUGUUUGAAUGAACUCAGAGUGGAUAUCGAUCGUGAAGUUGUGGAUUGUGCCAAUGAAGCUCUACAGGCAAUCGCUCAAGUGAAUGGUCGAAAAGGAUCCUGAUGUUGGGUGUUUUGCCAAGGAAGCUCUACAGGAAAUCGAUCGAGUGAUAGGUCAAACUAGACUUGACAGAGUUUUAUCAUCUAAAUUUAGAUAUCAGAUUUCGCAUUCUCCUGCCAGGCAUUAGAUGUAUUGAUAAAGAAAUGGAGAUGCAUAAAGAGUAGCAUUUCAAUUCAGGGUUCAUUUUAUCAUGACUCUUAAAAGGUUAGACAGUAGAGAUCUCUUGAACUACCAAGAAGCAUGUACUAUAUUUUACUGAGCAACAUUUUUGGGUGGCUAUGUUUUGGUGGUUCCUACUUGUUGGCUACUUGCCUUUGGAACUUUUAAGUGUGUGAAUGCAUUCAGCAUCUCUAAAAUUCUACAUCAUGUACUUGUAGAACUCAAAGCCAAUGGACUAUGAGUAAGCUUGUAAAUUAAUAAUGACAUUAGGUAAGAUCAAACGACUAUUACUAAACUUAAAGUAAAUAUAAUACUACUUUGUGAGAAUAUACAGGGUAUGUUGUUGUAAGUAAAUAUAAUAUCAAAAGAUUACUCAAUUACUCACACACACACUCACGACCGUCAA